AUGUGUAUAGCUCCUGGCUUAGUGACAUUUGGGCCUGAUCGAGUAACAGAAUUCUGUAAACGAAACAAAUUGCAAUUGAUCAUAAGAGCGCAUGAGUGUGUUAUGGAUGGGUUUGAGCGGUUUGCUCAUGGACAAUUGAUCACUUUAUUUUCAGCAACUAAUUAUUGUGGUACUGCAAACAAUGCUGGGGCCAUACUUGUGGUUGGCAGGGGUUUAGUUAUCGUGCCAAAGUUAAUUCAUCCACUUCCGCCACCUAUUAAUUCGCCCGAGUCCUCCCCUGAGCGUGGGGAUGCCACAUGGAUGCAGGAGAUUAACAUUCAACGGCCACCUACUCCAACUAGAGGGCGGCCACAAGCUGCCGGUGAUAGGAAUUCUCUUGCUUACAUAUGAUACAUGACAGAACCACCUCAAGCUUCUGGAUCUGUUGUUUGUAAUCAGAAAUUUCUUGCCAGUUUCAAGGUACAUAUGUUAUACCUCAGAAGAACAAUAAACCAACAGGACAUCAUGGAUACAUUUGUGAAGAGUCCCCUGGUAGUCCAUAGCCAUGCAUGGUGUUAACUGUAGGUAAUGUGGUGCUGUGACUUCGGCUCCUCAUUGGGAAGCGACAUAAUAGCAUUUCAGACCGCGAGCGCCAUCAUAUGCUUCCAAUCCAAUUCGGACUCUCUGCUCCGUUGUUUGGAGGGAAGAAUGCAAUACCAAUGGACCACAAUCAAGUCUGGUGUAAUUUGCCAUCAUAGCUCACCUGUAACUGCAGUGUACUUUUUUUUUUUUUUUGCGAAUGAACUGUAGUGUACAUGGUUAUAUUGUUGUUUCUCCAGAAUAAGAAGCCUUGAAAAUGUUUGUAUACCUAAACAGAAUAGCUAUACAAGUUACCGAAUUCUGAGUUUAGAUUGCCCGCAGGAGGGAUUUGAGGCU